UGACUUGUCUGCGAGUGAAUAAAAAAACCAUAUCCAAUCUCUUUAUAAACAGAACUGAUCAAACAGGUAGAGGCAUAUAGAGCUCUGAAUUUGCCAUCCUCUUCCUGAUACAUCUUUCCAUCUCUAAAAUAUGGCUGCUCCACAGCUUCCACCCAGGGGAAAGUGGACCACCAGAGUAUGUGGUUGCUCUGAAGACUGCUCCAAUUGCUGGGUUACCUGCGUGUGUCCCUGCCUCACCUUUGCCCGCAAUGCUGAGAUAGUGGACGAGGGAAAAACAUCUGCUUUUACCGCAGGCCGAAACUAUUUGGUGCUUUGCAAUUUCGUGCCGCUUUUGGGCGCAACUUUAUACGGAUGCACGUACCGAUCCAAACUGAGACGCCGCUUUGAUUUGCCAGAACAGCCAUGCAGCCCCUGCGAGGAUUGCUGUGUCCAUCACCUAUGCUGUUUUUGCGCUCUUUGCCAAGAGCACCGCGAGCUCACAAACCGUCAAAUGGAUCCAAGAGGAGGUCACUAGCAGCUGCUAAUCAAGAUUGCAAGGAUAAGAAACUCAAGAUGUAAUAGAAGUGCUUGGGCUUAUGAAGCUAAGGAUAUGCAAGGAGUUAUCAAAUUGUGUGGUGUAGCUAGCAGCAAUGCAAGUUCAACAAAUGGGGCUGUACAGGAGGCUUUGAUGGAAGCAGUCAUCACAGCCAACAACUACGGAUUUAAUAGGAUUCUCUUUUUGACAAACAACAAGAAUCUGAUCCAACUUGUUCACAGGUCUAAGACUCCAGCUUGGCAUGAGAGGUCCUUGAUGGCUGAUUUGGAUAUUUUGUAUCAAAGUGGUUUUGUUUGUAAUCUGUUAGUUGUCCCCAAUUGUAUCCUUGAUUUUGUUAAUGUUGCUGCAAAAAUGGCAAUCCGAAUGCCACUACAUCAUACUUGGGUUCAUCCUAGUCUUUUGUAAUUUGAUAAACUCUAUAUCUUCCUUUACUGGUAUCAAAAAAAAAAAA